GUGCAAAAUGAUUCUGAUGAGUGCCCAGCCUUCCAGGUGUACCCCGUUUGUAACACUCCCCCUCUCACCUUCUUGGGUUUCAGAAGGUGACACAGAACUACAAUAUAUCUGUGGCAUGGGGGGCUCAUGAUGUCAUCAUGUAAUGUGCAUAAUUUGCUGUGAUGCAUGUCGCAUGAGUGCUUUGAGGCCAUGUCCACAUGAAUAUGCUGUAUAUAUACAGUCGUCCUGCGCGAUAUCGCGGUUCGACUAUCGUAUGGGAAACACGAGGUUUCCUCUGCCCUCAUUGCAGCAGCUACACAGUGGAACAUUGAGGAGCAGUUGUUCACCACACUGGAAGACAAAGCAGCCAUCUUUUCAAGUGAAGAUGCUUUAGCAAGUUUCCUAAUUCACUUCUGGACAUUGCACAGUCCUUAAAUGACAAACAAAGAUUCCUCUGCGGCAUCUGAAGAGGCGCCAGAUGGACUGGGGCCAGAAUAAUUGCCUUAAGUUCAGCAGUGCGUCCGAAACACAGGACGAGUGUGACAGUGUGUGCACAUCCAGCAGCCUCUUUGUGUUUUCACAGCCCUAAUUGGCUGCCGGCAAGGAGGAGACAAGAUGUCCAUGUACCCGAGUCACAGUGCCUUUGUUCCCACCUCUUUUUUCUUUUUUUGUUUUUUUACUUUACUAAUCCCCUGGUUGUAUCUUCAUGUGCAAGUCCUGAUCACCAGUUUGAAAUGUAAAAGAUGAAGAUGAUACAUGGUACAGGAGCUCCAACUCGACUUUUAUUCCUAAAAAGCUGAAAUACAAGAAUUCAAUGAAACUGUCAUUAAAAAAGCAGAACAGAGGAGGAAGUGUCAAUAUGAGAGCACUACACUACUUUGUUAUCACUGUCUGUUUCAUAGGAGCAGAUCCUUUCACAUGUUCAAAGAUACCAUCUUCAUCCUUCAUGAUUGUUGCAGCGUUUGAACAUCUUGGACCGAGCAUGCAACCAAUGUUAAUUUCUCCACUUUCUGAGCAUUUUGUGGCUAAUUUCACUUCACUUUUCACUUUUCACUUUCCUUUUCCUUGACAAGCUGCCAGCAGAAGAGUCUGCGUUAUGCUUGGGAGACAUCAUGAGGAAUCAUCCCAUUCCACAGGCCGCUGAAGAUCAAGGAGCUGCUGCAGAAAGUGACAGAGGCCUUUGGCCAGCAGUUGGACAUGUUCUUUACAGAGAAAGAGCUGCUUCUGCCCCUGAAGACCCAGGAGGACCUGGACCAGGCCCUGUUGUCUUUAAGCUGCAGCACAGCGACCAACGGCCUGCUCAGGAUAGUGCUGAAAACCCCCAAGAACAACCAUUACCUGCAGGUGAACAGCAGAGACAAGCAGAGCGAGAUGAGGUCAGCGCGGUCGCUUGGCGAUCUGAAGGGUUCGCUGCUGAAGGGCUCGGAGAGGGUGCGCAAACACUCCACAGGUUCCCUCCACACGGGUCGCACGUCACCGCCCCCGGGGAGCGUCCCCGAGGAGCAGCAGCAGAUCGCUCGCCAGGGUUCCUACACCAGCAUCCACAGCGAGGGCGAGUUCAUCCCCGAGACUCAGGACCUCAGUAUGAUGGAUCCCUUUGGCAGUGCAGGCAACUCGCUGUCGAGCAGCUGUCAAUCAAUCGAGCAAGCGCUGGACAGCCCACCUUUCUCACAGAACAACCGUGACAACAAUUACCUGAACCUCAGCUACGAAUACAAAGGACGCCACAGGAAAGGAGGGACUUUUCCUCGCCAGUUCCAGCUGCCCAAUCGGAGCAAGGACUAUGGAGAUCGUCGCAGGACACUUCCGCGCAGCUUCAUGCCGCAGGAAAACCUGUUCCAGCUGGUUCCCUCCAGCCGCACGCGCAGUUACAACGGAGACAGCACCAUGCAGUACGCCGAGCUGCGCUCACUGGGACGCCCCGCCGACAAAAGCUGCCAGCGCGGGACGGCCAAGUCACCGCGGGCGCCGGUCAACUGGCGGCAGGGCAAGCUGCUGGGGCGCGGGGCCUUCGGGGAGGUGUACCUGUGCUACGACGCCGACACGGGCCGCGAGCUGGCCGCCAAGCAGGUGCCCUUUGACCCCGACUGUCAGGAAACCAGCAAGGAGGUGAACGCUCUGGAGUGCGAGAUUCAGCUGCUGAAGAACCUUCGUCACGACCGCAUCGUGCAGUACUACGGCUGCCUGCGCGACCUCGAGCACAGGAAGCUCACCAUCUUCGUGGAGUUCAUGCCUGGGGGUUCCAUCAAGGACCAGCUGAAGGCCUACGGGGCGCUGACGGAGAAGGUGACCAGGAGGUACAGCAGGCAGAUCCUGCAAGGCGUGUCCUACCUGCACAGCAACAUGAUCGUCCACAGAGACAUCAAAGGUGCAAACAUCCUGCGGGACUCCUCCGGGAACGUCAAGCUGGGAGACUUCGGAGCGAGCAAACGCAUCCAGACCAUCUGCAUGUCCGGUACCGGCAUCAAGUCUGUCACCGGCACCCCCUACUGGAUGAGCCCGGAAGUCAUCAACGGGGAGGGAUACGGCCGUAAAGCCGACGUGUGGAGCGUGGCCUGCACCGUGGUGGAGAUGCUCACCCAGAAGCCGCCCUGGGCCGAGUACGAGGCCAUGGCGGCCAUCUUUAAGAUCGCCACCCAGCCCACCAAGCCCACGCUCCCGGAGGGCGUGUCUGAGGCCUGCAGGGACUUCCUGCGGCAGGUCUUCGUGGAGGAGAAGUGGAGGCCCACCGCCGACGUUUUGCUCAGCCACCCCUUCGUGCAGGGCGGCUUCUGAGGCUCUCCGCUCUCAUCUCCCACCCCCCCUCUUUCUCCCAACAUCCAUCCAAGCUCCUCCCCCCAAUGACUCAGCCCAGAUUAGCGAGGCCGCCAGGGUGAGCUCCGUGCGACGGUUGGGGUCGGGGGCAAGAAAGCACUUAGCGGACUCGCGUCAGAGAGCUGAAGCCCACGUGUUGGUAGUACUGUAACGCCACUCCUUACAAUAUUUUUAUACUCCAAGUAUUUUUAUCAUCAACGCCUUACGAUAAGACUUUGUAAGCCAGAAUGUCAGUUUGUUUUUUUUUUACUCUUUAGGAUUGCACUUUUUUGAUAUCACCCGAUCUUUUCCACCAUGCAGGAUAAUCACCUGAGGAGAUAUUUUUCUAUAUUUUUUAUACGUGAUUUCCUACCGAGACGGCUAACGAAGCAAUAGCGGCGCGUGCCUCGCGUCCAUUCCAGCCGUUGACUCGAGGCCAAAGAGGAUGUGGAAGCACAUUCAGGUCGGGUUUAGUUACAGUAUUAAUUCUGUUGGCUUCUUUUCCUCCGCGUGAUGGCAGCUUGGUGCACAGCAGACCAAAACCUGAUGCAAUGUUGUGUUGCUAAGACCAAAUGAAGGAGAAAAGUGUCUCUCUUUCAAUCAAUCCCACCAUUGCCUUUACUUUGCUUUCCUCACUGAAAGACACAAAGCAAAUCACCAAAAAAAAGGUUGUUUAGACGCUGUAGUGGCACUUUGAGCAGGAAUGAUCAAAUCUUUUUAUUUCGCCCUAGUCUGUGCCUUACGCGCUUGUAAAAAAAAAACAAAACUCUUUUGUACGGAAACAAAUAUAUAUAUAUAUAUAUAUAUAUAUAUAUAUAUAUAUAUAUACA